UGUGCCGGAAGUCAGGCCCGAGCCGAGCCGCCGUGACGCAAUCGUUUUCCUCUUGCCGGACGCCGCUCAUCCGUGUUCCUCGCGCUUCUCCAUCGAUUCACUGUAUAGCUGCACGUGGCUGGUCGCCGUUGAUUUUUCGUUAGCUCUGUCAGCAUGAAUGGUAUCGUGAGGAGCGCGUUACGUGCUGCGGCCCUCCGCGGCGUGCUGUCGUCUUCGUGCGGCAGCAACAGCGGCGGUCAACCCGCCAGGGCUUUGUGGAAUUUUUGCGGCCGCCGGCGGACCACCGAAUUCGCGCCUCCCGUGUCCUCGCUCGAGUUACACGAUCUCCAUGUCCGAAGAUGUUACAGCAAAUCGCACACCAAAGCGGAGAAGGAAUUGGUGGAGUUUUUAGCUGAGGAAAUAGUAGCCGAGAAGAAAGCGCAGAAAUUGAAAAUGAUACCAACGACGUUGGAGGGCUUCUCGGUGUCCCUCAAUGGCGCCGAAGUUAAUCUUGAAAAGAAAGACGGCACUGAUACCAUCCACAUUUCAUUCAAUGUGAAUCAUACGGUGGACGCGGACGCUGACGAGGAAGUGAAUCCUAAUAAUGACAAUGUAGAAGUCGGGGAAAUGAAGAGCAAGCCGACUUUCAUGGUAGAUAUAGUGAGGGGCAAUCAGACUCUAGGCUUCACGUGUUCUUUUAACAAUCAACCAGGUGCGUCGGGUAGCGAUGAUAGUUACAAUGACCUCUUCGGCAUCGAUGAAAUCACGCUGUAUGAGGGAGAACACAGUGAAAAGGUAUACUCCGUAGCUGGCGAGAUCAUCGACGGUUAUCUGUAUGACCUACUGAUGAAUUACCUCGAAGAGAAAGGCGUUUCAAAUGAAUUCGCUGAGAAACUGAUGAAAUUGAGCACUUGUUACGAGCAUACAGCUUAUGUCAGCCUACUGGAGGGCUUGUCAAAGUUUACAUCUGGAAAGUAAUUCUAGGAUCUAACAUUAAGUUCAUCUGCGAUUCACAAUUCUGUAGAUUGUAAGAAUUAUUAAUAAAAGGAUGUGCUGACGCAUAUUUUCAUUAAUUAAUUUUCAAGAUAUUCAAACGAAAGUUGCCAUAGGAAAUUAGAGUCGACGAUAUCAUUUAAUUAGCUUUAUUAUGUGAAGAUAAAAUAUAGUUGUCUGUUGAAUAAACUUGAACUACUUUAAA